AUGGCGAGUGGGAACCCCAAGAAGAUGAAAGUGAGCGAGCUGCGCGCGGCUCUCGAGUCGCGCGGAAUGAGCUCGAACGGACUGAAGACGGAGCUGAUCCAGCGGCUGGAGCUGGCGCUGGAUGAGGAAGAGUUCGGCAGCGAGGCGCAGGAGAUGGAGGAGCUCAAGGUGGCGAGUCCGAAGAAGCCCAGGAAGGUCGAGCCAAAGAGGAAGGAGACGCUUGCAGUGCUCGCUGCAGCUGCUGUCACGAUGGCAGAUAAAGAGUCAGAGAACCUCCGAUCUGCAAGAUCCAAGAACGCGUCGCCUAGCAAGAACGCGUCGCCUUGCAAGAAGACGGCGACCACCAGUGUGGGGUCCUCGUCCACCGCUGCUUUGGCCGAGACAAAGGAAGAGAAAGAGGACGAAAGCACCACUGGUGCUGACGUUGUAUCGGAAGAGAAAGGAGAAGAGGAAGAAAAAGAGGUCACGAACAAAGUGGAACCGGACGCACCAGUGCCAGCCAUGACAGAGGAGGAGAAGCGUGCGGCUCGUGCAGCCAAGUUUGGCAUUCCUUUGAGUAUUGAGGACAAGAAGGCUCAGCGUGCAAAGCGCUUCCACCUUCCUAGUGCAGGGACCGAAGAGGAGAAGUCAAAGCUACUGAAGCGAGCGGAGCGGUUCCACUUGGAAACAGAUGAUACGUUUGCAAAGAAGAAGGACGCGCGCUCGAAGCGCUUCGGUCUCAACGCGGAGGAGGAUCGACGUCUUGAGCGUGCCAAGCGCUUCAACCUCGAGACGAGUGAAGUGUUUCAGGAGAAGAGACAAAAGCGUCUGGAGCGCUUUGCGACUGCGCAGCAAUGA